AGUAGCUAAAGGUGACCUCUGACUAGAGGGAGUUCCCACAUUUUCAUUGGGGAUGUUGCUGUUGAGGGUCAUAUAAAAACGUCAUCCUCAUGAGUUUGACCAUUAACCAAAGAGCAAGAGUUGUGAGUGUCUAGACGGCGACUAUAGUGAAGACGAAUUGUAUAAAAGAUGGCAAGAUUAUGGAGCAGUAGUUUUGUGUGCUGGAAACGGUUUCUUCUAGUUUUCGUCUCAUUGUCGAGCUUGUAUUUUGGAUGGACAAAUGCGUGUGCGACGAAACACAAAGUUUGUGUUACACGUUACAAAGCACUAAUGGCAGACUUACGAAUUCACAAAGUUCUCACAGUCGGAGACGACCGUUCAUCGCUUUCCUUUCAAAAUCCUAAUCAACAUCCCAUUACCCUGCAAUCUCUAUUUUCUGAUGAUCAACCCGAUGACGAACCUAACGGCAAGCACAAAUACUGGAAAACACUUGGAGGAAAGUACUUGGCAAUGGAAGACAACAAACAGCUAACACUAUCUAGCAAACCAACGACAAAGUUUCUAUACGUCAAAAGCAAACGUUCGAUUUUACACAGCAGCGAAACAUUUCUUCUCUGUGCUAUCUUCAAUGAUAAAAGUUACCUUGUGUCUUCUAAAAACAUGUCUACUGAGGAAUUAGGAGAUAAAAGUAUCUGUGAUAACGUAAAGAAAGCGGAACACGAGAUCAAGAUCAAGAAGAUCUCUAGACGCCAACACCGCUUUGUGGCUGUUUACGUCAAUGAUUCUAAUAAAUCUCAUGACAACUAUUUUAGCGAUGAGAUACAAACGUUUUGUCAGCAAGAUACAGAUAUGCAACAUUAA